AUGGGGGACUCCGGGGAGGGUCUGAACAAGGUGACGGUGUUGAAGUACCGGUCGCCGAAGAACAGGUCCUCCGCGGAGCAGACGUUCUACAUCGUCGGCACGGCGCACAUCUCCAGGGCGUCGUGCGAGAAGACCAAGGCGGUCAUACGAGAAGUGAAACCAGAGGCGGUAUUUCUGGAGCUCUGUGAACACAGAAGAGCCCUGCUGAGGAAGGUGGAGCACGUUCGCGUGCCUUCUUUAGCAGAGCUGGUGUCUGGAGCAUCAAAGGGGCACAUCACCCUUUUUGAAGCCCUGUACUCCUGGAUGUUGGCAAAAUUUGGCUCAGAGAUGGAGGUGGUUCCAGGAGAGGAAUUUCGAGUGGCACAUGAGGAGGCCAAGCGCAUAGAUGCGAAAAUCAUGCUGGGCGAUCGGCCGGUGCCAGUCACUAUAGCACGCAUGUGGUCUUCACUGUCAUGUUGGCAGAAGAUAAGGCUGUGUUUCCAUCUUCUGAUAACAGGAAUAAGUCUGCCGAGUGCAGAGGACAUGAACAAACUGCUGGAAGAGCUGGCGGAAACAGAUGCGGUGACAGAGGCGAUUAAGGAGCUCAGCCAGACGUUCCCCACCCUGGCCAAACACCUGAUUGCAGAGCGCGAUUUGUACAUGGUAUAUACAAUGCGGCAGCUUGCUGGGAUGGCCUCAACAGUGGUGGCAGUUGUUGGGGCAGGCCACCUUCCAGGGAUUCGAGAGAACUGGGAAAAGGAUAUCGACAUAAGGGAGAUUGCGAGGAUGCCCAAGAAGCCUCCACCACCCCAAAAGCGUUGGCGAUAUGUUGCCAUAAUAUCGUCCAGCAUCGUCAUUGUGGCCUUUGUCACGAUGCGAUCACGAUUGCGAUGA